AUGACACCUAUACUUCCACCUCCUCCACCUCCUCAAAAUGAACCCUCUAAGUCCAACGCAAGAUUGGAAGCUGUGCUUGAGGCUCUUCAGCAGCAGAAUACUGCUCUUGUGCAACAAAAUACUGUUGCCCUCCAAAACCUAGAAGUUGCUAGAAUAGCCGCUGAAAAUGCCAGGAUAUCAGCCGAGAAUGCUAGAAUGGAGUCUGAUCACACCCAGAGGUUCAACGGCAAAUGCAGCCCAGAUGAAGUCGACCAUUGGUUCCAAGACAUGGAACGUAUUUUUGAGGCAAAGGGGUGUCCAGAUGAUAGGAAGCUGGCCUAUACUCAAUAUCUCCUGACAGGAGAAGCUGGCCAUUGGUGGAACAGCAUGAGAGCCAUCCUUGAGAGACGUGGAACUCCUAUUACUUGGGAGUUAUUCAAGACCAAAUGCUACACAGAAUACUUCCCUGAUAGUGUCCGCUUUGCAAAAGAAGUGGAGUUUCUUGAGCUAACACAAGGAAACAGGUCGGUGACUGAAUAUGUCGACCGUUUUAAACACCUUCUUCGCUUCAGCACGGUGCAAGUGAAUGAAGAUUAG